AUGGUCGAUGUUGUAAAGAAGUAUAAUGCUGGUACCAAUCGUGUAAACCUUGGUAUUAAUGCUAGAACAAUUGAGGAAGAUGAGGAGGGAAUUAAGGUACCACAACUAAAGUCAACAGUUCCACAAGCAAUCCAAAGAGCACGUUGCAAUCUAAAGCUUACACAGAAGGAGCUCGCUGCAAAGAUUUACGAGACUCAAUCUGUUGUCAAUCACUAUGAGAAUGGUACUGCCAUCCCAUCAGUCGCAAUCCUAGCAAAGAUGGAGAAGGUACUUGGUGUCAAGCUCAGAGGCAAGGACAUUGGUCAUCCACUUGCUAUGUAA